GCAGUGAAGGAGGAGGGAGGGAUGAGGGAGAGGUGUCUGCAUCGCUCCAAAAGCUCAGAGAGAGACUCCCCCCUCCAGCAGCAGCAGCAGCAGCAGAGGCGUGCAGUCUUCCUCCGCAGAGAGAGGGCUCACAACAACACAAGAGGAGGGUCAACAACAGCAACAACAACAGAAAAAAUAUAUAUAGAGAGAAAGUACAGACUGCAAUGGGGGCGAGCUGAACCGCAGAGAGAAAAGAGGAGGCUCGCGUGAAUUUAGUUUGCGGUGCUGUGAACGAUAUGCGGCAGGAACACGCGACAGUUUAGCUCGUGAUUUCACGUCCAAAAAAAAAAAAAAGCGUUAACGGUCGGAGGUACCUGAAUACCUGCGGUGUUUCCACUGACUGUUUAGCGAACAGCGGUGACAUUGAGAGACAAGAGCAAGAGAGAGAGAGAGAGAGAGAGGACUACAAGACGGGACAAGGAGAAGAAAGUUUCUGAAGCUUGGCGCAGACACACACAGCGGUGAAACAAUGCGGCGGACCCCGACAAAGUCUCUUUCAUCGGCGGCCGUGCUGAUCCUGCUGCUGGCGGUCCGCUGGUCCCACAGCAUUUCAUUGUCUCCCCAAGAGGCGAACCAGUUUCUGAGCAGACACAGAAGAGCGAACCAAGUUUUCGAGGAGACCAAGCAAGGACACUUGGAGAGGGAGUGCGUGGAGGAAAGGUGCACCAAAGAGGAGGCGAGAGAAGUGUUUGAAAACGACCCGGAGACGGACUACUUCUAUCCCAAAUAUUUAGCCUGUGUGGAGAAGUUCGGAGAUGCCGAAAAGAAGAAGCAUGAUCUGAUUACAUGCGUGCACAAUAUUCCAGACCAGUGCUCACCGUCUCCCUGUAACGCCAGAGGAACAGUGCGCUGCGAGGACAAAAAGGGCGACUUCCUCUGCCACUGUUUCACAGGCUGGUCCGGAGCCAGAUGUGACAAAGAUGUUGACGAGUGCAGCAAGAGAAACGGAGGGUGUGACCACGAGUGCAACAACACUAUGGGCAGUUACCGCUGCUCAUGUCACCAAGGCUACAUGUUGGUAGGACGCCACAUGUGUAAUGACGUGGACGAGUGUGAGGACCCGGGCGUGUGUGGAACAGCGCGGUGCGAGAAUAAGAAUGGCAGCUACGAUUGUUUGUGCGACAACGGCUACGUCUACGACAACGAAACCAAGAGCUGUGUUGAUGUGGAUGAGUGUGAGACGAGUGUGUGUGCAGAGGAGUGUUUGAACACUCCGGGGAGUUUCCGCUGCUUCUGUGACGGUCGUCAGGGCAUGAAGCUGGGCCAGGACCUCAGGAGCUGUAAGCCUAUAACUCCCUGCAUGACGCCAUCUCUGAAGAGGAACUCUCGUUCCCUCUACCUCGGCCGCAUGUUCAGCGGCGUGCCUGUGGUGAGGCUGCGUUUCCGCAGGAGGAUUCAAACCGGCUUUUCGGCAGAGUUCGACUUCCGUACCUAUGAUCCUGAGGGGGUGAUCUUCUUUGCCGGAGGUCACCUAAACAGCUCGUGGAUUGUGCUGGCAAUGCACAAUGGGAAGCUGGAGCUGCAGCUGAAGUACGGCGCGGUCAGCAGGGUCACCAGCAGCGGACCCGUCGUCAACGACGGCCAGUGGAGAAAGAUCUCAGUAGAGGAGCAGGGCCGGAGUCUGGUGAUCAAGAUCGACAGGGAGGCCGUCAUGAAGAUCGCAGUAAACGGCGAUCUGUUCACGUUAAAGAAGGGCAUGCAUGAGCUCAACCUCACCGUAGGAGGAGUCCCUUUCAAAGAGGACGGCCUCGUCAACCAGGUGAACCCGCGUCUGGACGGCUGUAUGAAAGAGUGGAGGUGGUUGACGGGUGAAGAUACGUCCAUCCAAGAAACCAUUCGCUCCAACGACAACAUGCAGUGUUUCAGCACUGAGGAUCCUGGAGCAUAUUACCCCGGCACAGGCUUCGCUCUCUUCAACAUCAGCUACGACACUUCACAGAACCUGACCGUCCACUUGACCCUGCGUCCAACUUCUUCGAUCGGAGUGCUGUUUGCACUCGUUCACCAGGACAGAGUCCCGCUCUCCAUCGCUCUGGCCGACUAUCAUCCCAGCACAGACGAAUGGCGAGAUUACGUUCUGGUAUCUGUAGGUGACACCAUCAUCGCCAGCUCUCCAGCUCCACUGUGUGAUGGCCUGAGCCAUGACAUCAAGGUCACGAUCUCAGCAAACCAGACGCUGCUGCUGGUCGAUGGCCAGACUGGACGUAGUGAAGACGACGAAGUUCCAACUGACCUCCUGUCAGAGUCCAGCACCUUUAUAGGAGGCCUCCCUGAUGUUCCCCUGGUGUCCACACUGGUGUCGGCGCCCUACAGCGGCUGCAUGGAGGUCCACAUUAACGGACAUUCUGUGGACUUGGACAGGGCCAUCCACAAACACAACGACAUUCGCUCGCACUCCUGCCCCCUGCUGGACUCUCUGCAAUGACAAAAGCAUCAGUCUGCCAAAACUGAUCCAUACGCAGUUCAUUCAGGCAAUGGAGAUGAUUUCCAAUAUAUUUAUAAAAGCUUUGACCAGUGGGGAGAUGUUUUAUUGGAAUGUAAAAAACAAAAAAACAAAAGACACACAAACACAAAAAAUGGACCAGGUAUCGUGGUGCAGCUUGGAGCCUUAGCCCAGGAUCACCCUGUCCUUUAACUGUGACAACACUGCUGCCUAGAGGCAUUUGUAGGUAACUUCACAGCAUUCUCAAUAUAGUGACUCCGUAAGGUAGCUAGUCCGCCAAUGAGCAACAUCUGUACUAGGCAGAAGAUAUGGGAAUAAAUGCUGCACAACAUUGCCUCAAAAACUGCCCAUGUAUCACAGUCUUUUAAGCCCACAAGAACACACAGGGCCUUAUGCAGAUCAACGUCAAACCGGUUGGUUCUCGGGCCAGCCUCCUACGCUUCGGCAUCCUGUGCUUAAAUGCAGAUCUGACUGGAACUUUGUAGGCAGAGUGACUCCGCUUGAGCUGUGGUCAUGUUGCUUAUAGCCAGUUCACCUAAAGGCCCACCGUCACAAAGCUUGAAAUAAUCAAGAAUCUGAUUAAAUGAAAAAAAAACAAAAAAAAAACAAAAACAAACACGGGGGACCAGAUAAAGUCGGCCACAGCUAUCCUACUCAGAGAAAACGUGCGAAAUAGGUGAUCAGCUUCAGUGUUUGCUGCAUUUUGACUUGUGGGGGGUCGAUUGGGGACUAAAUGAAUCUUAUUUGCACCUAAGAAGCUGAAUCCCCCUCGUUCCCCACAGCAGGGAGGCGUGUAUUAGGCACAGCUCUGUGUUCUGUAGAAAACCUUGCACAUUGUUGCAGGCAGAAACGGACUGCGUGUGAAGCCAUUUUCUCGAUUUCCUCUCGACUAAAGUAGCACUCCGUGUCCGCCUGCAACCUUAAAAAUCAACCGUGUGCCUCCAAAGAACAACCAACCCAAACUUCACGACAGCUUCCCUCCAAACAGGUGAAUCGUUUCACAAAGGUGCGCUACUGUAACACUCAAACAGAGCUAACACUUGUCAUAAUGAAAUGUUGUACUCAUUGCAGUUAAUACACUAUGCAUUUCCACCUGUGCAUUUUGGAGUAUUACAGUCUUUCAAAGAACUGACGACACACACACACAGCGAUGUCUCAAUAAUCUUCAAUCAAUAACUUCAUCACAAAGGCCCCUUCUCUCCCUCAGAAUCACCCACUCACAGUUAAUACCUGCCAUGUACCAAUCUGAGGAUGAUAGACGAGUUCCAAAAGCACAGGGAGGCAGGAAGGGGCCCUCUCCAUGAAGGAGAGUGAGCACUGCAUUGAACGAACGCACCACACAAGCUACUGAGUAAAAAGAGUGCGCUGUAAUAUACUGAAUAUGUAAAUAACGUGACUGUACAAUGCUUUUUAGAAGACAGAAAACAAACUACCUUCUGCUCACUGCGGUUUUCUGCACAUUUAAGUUGAUCCAAAGUCAGACGCCGAUGCGAGUCUCUCAGCUUCAUCUGCUUCGUAAAAAAUAUACACAAAUACACAAAGUUCUUUUCUUGAAACAGGAAUUUGGAGACUGUGAGAGCAAUAGCCAGAGAUCAAAGUAUCAUGACUCUUUAGAAACUCUGUUUUUAAUUUGAUUUUAUAGGUGCUGAGCAAAUGAAAACACAAUAAAAACAAAGAAUGUCAGAGGAGCAUUGUGAUUGAGAAUGCCAAAAAGGGCUCCAGUGUUAUUUUACUUUCCUCUCUAUGUAUCAUUUUCUAGUUUUCUGAUGAAUGAAUGCCAGAAUAUAGAGCUUGACGAGUUAUUGUUUAUUUUUAUCGUGUUGUAUAUUGAAAUGUCUUUUUAGUUUUUAUUUUUCACUUUAACUGCCAGUAUGUGUACAAUGCUGAGAGAAGUCUGCCUUUUUUGAGUUUUAACUUCCCUCAACAGUGAAAAUCCUAUUUAAAAAAACAAAAUAAAAGCAGUUGUAUGAACAUCAUAGAGUAAAAUUGUAUUUUCAAAAAAACACAUUUGUAUGCUGUGUUUGUGUUGAAGAUAAACUUCAGAAACUCAAGGUUUAAUGCCCUACAGUAGCUCUUUCCAAUGCAGCUUUCUAGUGAACAUUCACAGUCACUGCUAACCACAGUGACAAACACAUUGCAUUUCCUGUGACUGCUUCACAAUAAAAGCGACCCUGUAUUUUU